AUGGCAGACGGCGCCGAUCUCCGGUCCCUCGUUUCAGAGCUCCACAAUGCUCUCAACCGCAAGCAGCUCGAUGCUGCCAACAACCUCCUCAGCCGAGCAAAGCGAACCCUUCUCCUUCAGAAUGCGCUAAUUCCCACACCCUCCACACCGUCGGAGCUCAUCCCGCUCGCUCGUGAAGUUCUGGAACUAGGAGCCCUUGCCUCCAUUCGACAGACCGACGCACAAGGCUUCACGAGAUAUUACCAGCAGCUGCAGCCCUUUUACGACCUUGAGAGGGAUGGCGCGGGCUCAGCGCAUGUGGAUGCUAGGACUAGCCAGCGGAGCAAGAUUACAGGUCUGUAUCUGAUGCUUUUGUUGAGCAUGGGUGAUAGCACUAGUUUCCACACGGUGUUGGAAGGCCUGGUUGAGGAGGCGAGUCUACAGGGCAAACGCGUGGAGGAUGAUCUGUACAUCAAAUACCCCGUUGACUUGGAGCGGAGCUUGAUGGAGGGAAGCUACGACAAAGUGUGGAGGGAGACUAACUCGGAGAGAGUGCCUUCGGAGGACUUUGCUCUGUUUUCUAACGUCCUUGUUGGAACCAUCCGAAGUGAAAUCGCGGACUGCUCCGAGAAAGCGUAUCCUUCGCUUCCCAUUUCCAACGCCAAGAAUCUGUUGUUCCUUGACUCCGAGGGAGCCGUUAUUGAAUUCGCUCAGCAGCGUGGGUGGGUUCUCCGUGACGGACGGAUAUACUUCCCAGUCGAGCCUGAGGCCGCGGCCCGGUCUGAGAAGGACAUCCUGGUGGCAAGCAGCACGGUCAUCGAGAACACGAUAGGCUACGCUCGCGAGUUGGAGACGAUUGUCUAG